AUGCUGGGGAACCGCAGGCCUAGGCACUGGGUGUUGCCCUUCACCACCCUGCCUGCCCCCCUCCCUCCGGCCGGACAGCCCGGGGCCCAGCCCACAGCAGGUGGGUCAGCUUCCCUACCAUGCACUGCUCCCCAGUUCCUGUUCUCACCUUCAACUCGACUGGCUCCAGAUGAAUCACUGGCCCGCUUUCCUGGCCGCCACCCUUCAGUGCAUGGCAGGGGUGACGAGAACUCUGAGGCUUCCCUCUGACUAGGCCCGCUCCUUGGUCCCCCAGACCAGUUUUGGCAACAAUCCUGCUGAGUCAGUCUAUGUUUUCUUUCCAGCAGGGUGGAUGGGGUGCAUCCCUGGCUGACAAGCUGGUCAGAAAAUGUGAUGUUCUGAAUCGUGGAUUUUCAGGCUAUAAUACUAGAUGGGCCAAAAUCAUCCUUCCAAGACUCAUCUGGAAAGGGAGCGUCAUGGACAGCCCGGUGGCCGUCACGAUUUUCUUCGGUGCCAAUGACAGUGCGCUGAAAGACGAGAACCCCAAGCAGCACAUCCCCCUGGACGAGUACGUGGCGAACCUGCGGAGCAUGGUGCAGUACCUGCGGUCCGUGGACGUGCCUGCCAGCAGGGUCAUCCUGAUCACGCCGCCCCCGCUCUGCGAGGCCGCGUGGGAAAAGGAGUGCCUCGCACAAGGCUGCAAGUUAAACCGCCUGAACAUGGUGGUUGGCGAGUACGCCAGCGCCUGCGUGCACGUAGCCCGGGACUGUGGAGCUGAUGUGCUGGACCUGUGGGCCCUGAUGCAGAAGGACGGCCAGGACUUUUCAUCCUACUUGUCUGAUGGACUACAUUUGUCACCAAAGGGAAACGAGUUUCUGUUCUCCCAUCUCUGGCCCCUGAUAGAGAAGAAAGUCUCUUCCCUGCCGCUGUUGCUCCCUUACUGGCGAGACGUAGCAGAAGCCAAACCGGAGCUCAGUCUCCUCGGGGACGGGGACCAUUAGGCGCAGGAAGUGAAGGCUGUGACUUUAUGGAACAAGACGUCACCAGAACCCUGAGACAACUGACCAAGUAUUUUUUCUCAAGCUUAAACCUUUGCUCCCAACCCUGGAACAAAAACCACCGCCGCGUGAAACCAAGACGAAUAAAAGCACCGUCCCGA